AUGAUGGGGGGGCUUCACUCCCAGCUGGCUGCGCUGCUCCUGCUGCUGGUGCUGCUGUCCCCAGCGCAUGGUGCUGAGGAGAGUCAAGACCAGCCAGUGUUCAGCGGUAUCAUCGGGGGGCAGGAUGCACAGGAGGGUCGAUGGCCCUGGCAGGUCAGUGUGCAGGAAUAUGAUGAUGAAAAACGUGAAUACCACCACAUCUGUGGAGGAUCCCUCAUCUCAGCCCAAUGGGUGGAGUCAGCCACUCACUGCUUCAAUCGCUCUUUCCCUCAAUCUGCCUAUCGUGUGAACCUCGGGGAGCACCAGCUGUCCAAUCCCUCCCUGAGCCGGGUCUCUUCCCCUGUGCGCCAGCUCCUCAUCCACCCCGAUUACAACAGGGGGACCCGUGCAGCCGACAUCGCCCUAGUGCAGCUAGCGGAGCCAGUGCGAUACACCGACGAAAUCCUCCCCGUCUGCUUGCCUGGACCCUCCGACUCCUUCCCUGACAACCACAUGUGCUGGGUCACUGGUUGGGGGAGAAUAGACUCUGAGGUCUCUCUCCCACCCCCCAAGACGCUGCAGGAGGUUCAGGUCCAGCUGAUCGACACUGCAGCCUGCAACGCCCUCUACAACAUCGACCCGGCCCCUAACAUUGGCAGGGACCCCAUCAAACCCGACAUGAUCUGUGCUGGCUACGCCGAAGGGCAGAGGGACUCCUGCCAGGAUGACUCUGGGGGGCUGCUGGCCUGUGACCACAAUGGGACCUGGUUCCUGAUGGGAGUUACGAGUUGUGGGGAUGACUGUGGCCAGCCCAAUCGUCUCAGUGUCUAUGUCCAGACAGUGGCCUACGGUGAAUGGAUAUGGGGGCACGUGGUGUCCGGGGGCCAAGCCACAUCCAUGGAGAACAGCAUCUCUGGAGUAAAUGAUGCCAGAUCCUCCUUCAGCACCUACACGCUUCUCUUCACCACUCUCCUGAUGUCACUGUGACCCCCUCCUUCCAUAGGGACGCCCCCCCAUCUCUCCCUCCUCUGUUCACCCAGCACUGAAACCCUCCACUGUCUGGGGGCACUGUGAGGUG